CAGGCUGGUGAUCCAAACGAAGACAGUGUUAGUGAACCCACAUUAACAGGACCUGACCAUGAGUUAGUGGUUGAUACUACUUCACCUUCAGAAGAGGUCAAGGAACGAGCUGUAAAUUUGAUAAAGUAUAUGAAAGGUGAUGAUGUUAAGCCUGAAGAAUCAGUUGUGAGUAUUGAACUGUGGGAUUUUGCAGGACAACAUCUGUAUUAUGCAUCCCAUCCUGUAUUUUUAUCAUCACGUGCGCUGUACAUCUUGGUGUGCAACCUCAGCAAGUCACUGCAUGACACAGCCAAGCCCUGUGUGAGGCAAGGGUCUCGUAAUGUUGAGUUGGAAAACCCAAAUGGAGAAACAAAUCUUGAGAACUUGUUGUCUUGGCUGUCCACAGUGCAUAGCGUCGCACAGAUGAGAAGAGAAACCUGUGAUUCUGUACAAGAAGAGGUGCCUCAUCAUUUGCGCCCCCCAGUAAUCAUUGUAGGAACCCAUGCAGACAAACCAUUUGAAGACAUUGCAACAAUGAAAACAGAUAUCCAGAACGCAAUUGCUGGUAAGGACUUUGAAGGACAUGUGGUGCGGCCUAUCUUCAGCAUUAACAACACUGCAAAAUUAACUCAAAGAAAGAUCAAGACAAUGGUUUUCGGGAAAGACGAAAACAUUGAGGAGAUCGAAGCUCUACAAGGAAAAAUCAUGGAAGUGCUAAGACAGGAGCCUUGCAUUGGGGAGAGGAUACCUGUGAGGUAAAUAAUGGUUAUACAAGAACAGAAUCCAUUAAAGUAAAUUUUAAAUAAUUUCCAUGUCAAAAGAUGAGCUGUGAACGCACUGAGAUUACUGUUUAUGUGUAUGGCGUUUUUUUCCGCCAUUCCUUAGAAGAUUUUUCUUUGAUAUGUAAUGUGUUUCAGGUGUCAUUAGUAACUCAUUGACUGUGACGCUAUAUAAAAGCGUGAAAGAAAUGAAUACCUCGUUGAUUGAAACAAGUUAACCAUGAAAAGUAGUUUUGACUGGCCUUAAAGAAUAUUAUGUCCUGAAGGGUUUCAUAAUCUUAUUUCGAAUUGGUCCAAAAGCACUGUGUACAUUUCAUGUUCGUUUUAAAAAGGUAAAGUAAUCACUCUGUAGUAAACUGCGUAACUGCACAGGGUGACCAUUUAAGAACAUGCUCAGCUGUAUUAGUUAAACUUAUUUAAGCUUAUAUUUAUUUCAUUUCAAGUUUAGAAAGACCAUCAAUACUAACUAAUAAAAAAAUCUUCACGGCUUUUCACAUGUCAGCAGUCAUGUUUUGGAACGUGUGUAUGCUUCUGGCCCCGGUUGUUCAAACGAUGAAUCACUAUUAAGCUGGAAAAUAUCAGUAAACCUAAUGGCACUUUACACUGGAUUUUGGACAUACUUAUCCAGUGAAAAGAUUUAUCCACCUUUCGCACAACUGGGCCCUGUACUUUAAUCAGUACAGGUAUACUGUGUAUUUGUGACAUGGAUACUUGAAAGCUAGCUAUCAAUUUUCUCUUUGGUUUUGUAAACUAGCUGGCUGAACUUUGAGAGAGUCAUCAACGCUUUGCUAUCCAAGCCAGUUUAUUACCUGAGUAUAAAGAAGCUACGGACCCAUGCCAAGGAGAAGUGCUUCAUCCAUGAUGAGAAAGAGUUUACCACCAUGGUGAAUUUCUAUCAUGACCUGGGGGUAGUUAUCAAGCACCGUAGCACAGUCAUCUUGAGUACCCAGUGGCUGAUAAACUUGUUCGGGCAGCUGAUCACUAUUCCAGAUUUUGAGGAAAUGGUAAGAAAUGGAUUUUAAACGUGUUUUAAAACUUGCGAAGUUUAUAGUAGUCCACAUUUUGGAUGACAUCACAGGUUUCCAACCGUACUGUAGCUAAUAAAAAUAAUUAUAUCAAGUACAUUGCCCGCUAUCUUUUUAAAAAAUGUUAACUGUUCCUCAAGUAUUUGUAAACAGCAAAAUCGUAGUGGAUUGGGCUGCUAUUUAAUAUUCUCCCAGUGUAAAACAGUUAGGGUAGGCGAUGUAAUUCUGAAAUGAAACCUUAUAACAAGCCUAUAACAACUGAAUUAGUACUGACGCCUGGUCAGCAGUCGUCCCUGUAAUCAACCCGCUAUACUGACGUCACUAAGAGUAAACAUUACAAUGAAACAUUUUCACUGCACUUUCUUAUUUGAACGUUGUAAUAUCCCAAGAGGAUUCUUGUUUCAAUUUCGAAGGACAUCAGGUGACGUCACGAGGUACCCGCGAACAUUAAGAGGAGCUUAUAACCAAUUUACCUGCAAUUUACUUUUUAUGUAGGCUCAAAGGAAUCGGACGACCAAUCAGAGUGAAAAAACAUAUUGUAUAUAGAAAGGAAACCUGACUUUUCUCCGCCCUAACUGAUGCACGCGAGGAGUGUCCCCACACAAAAACGGAAAACUCUAGAUCUUUUUCUUUGUUUGUUAAUUAAAAUUUUAAAUAAAAUAACCAACAAUUUACAAGUGCAUUAAUUAACUGGCUCAAAAUUCUCCCAAAAUAUCUCCGUCUUAGGUUCCUACGGUUGCCAAGCAUUGGAAGGAAGUAGAAGAAAGCGGUGUUCUCUCCAUGGAACUGGUUGAUCUUGUGUUUUCCAACUUUCUCCUGAAGGGUGUUGCCAGGAAAGACAUUCUUGAUUUGAUGGAACUAUUUGGAUUGAUUGCAAAAUUUUCGUCUUUAAAGACAGGUGAAAAGUAUUUUGUUCCAUCUCAACUCAAAGCUUCGCCUGAUUCCCUUUGUUCCAUGGCGCCUACAAGGCUGGACCCUUGUCCCCUGUUUGUUUACUUUGUCAGCGGUUCUGUUCCCCAUGGUCUGUUCACUCGGCUUGUUUCUCGAUCUGUCCGUUGGUGUUCUGAAGCUGGUCCAACUCAGCCCCCUACCCUGUACCAAAAUGGAGCGUGGUUUGUUAUUGGGAAACAAACUGUCCAUGAUUUUGUUCUUAUUUGUAAGAAGCAGUUUAUUAAGUUCUUUAUCAAGCAAAGAAACCACCCUCAGCAGAUCCCUGUGGAUGAGACAAGUGAGAUGGCAGUACAGGUUCGUGAGUUUGUGGAGGCAACUUUGGAAGCUUUGUCACGUGAUCUCUAUAAAGGUGGAUUGCAGUAUCAUAUUCGGGUCGCCUGUCCGUAUUGUCAGCGGGAAAAAUGUUCAAGCCAUAAUCAGAUUGCAUGUUCUCAUGAAGAUUGUCUUCACCUUCUUGAGUUAAGACAAGGCGUUCAUCUGAUUUGCAAAAAGAAACCUACAGAUGAAGUACUCACAGUCCCAGGAAAGCAAAAAUGGUUCUCACAGACACCAAGUAAGGUAGGUAGCACUGAAAUCCCAUCUCUAUCAGUGCUGUUAGCAUGUUACAUAUAAAUGGAAUGUUAACGUAAAAUUCCGAAAAUACGCCCCUCCAUGUAUAAGCCCCUCCAAAUAUAAUCCCCCAAUUUCGUAGUUAAACACCCCCAUUAAAUCGCCGCACCCGAAUAUAAGCCCCCCGGGGCUUGUACUUUGAAAUUGCCCUCAAAACAAAAUAAAACAAAUCAAAGACGGUACAGUAACACAUAAUGUUUGUAAUUUGCCAAAGAACUAUUCCUUGUGCCAAAUGAUUGCAAUCAAGAAGUGUCAGAGUGUAAUGCUGUUUGCGUAGUUCACUCUUCACUCUUGGCUUGAAUUUCUUCGAUCCAUAUAGCCAAAGUACUCGCAUGGCAGAGUUUUAGAAAGACCUAGGUCCCCAUGGCGAGUUUCAGUCAAACCUUCGUCCAAAUUACUGACAUAAUUUUUUUUCCAACUCUAAUCUAGCCCUGUCGAUUUUGAGACGCAAAUGUCCCUCCCAUUUCCCUCCGUAUAUAAGCUCCUCAAAAAGGGCCUUUGAAAAAAUAUAAGCCUGGGGGCGUAUUUUCGGACUUUUACGGCAUAUUACUACUAAAUUGAUAUUAUGCUACUGAAAGGCUAGUCAUUUAUUUAUACUUAAAAAGCUUCAACAAAGUUUGUGUGUGUCAUUAUUAGAUUAUAAUGAUGUAUAACGUAGGCCUUCAUUUAACCUACCACAAGUUUCUCGCUGGGUAAAAAGAAGCAAGCAAUAGUUCUUAAAAUCAAGUAAUUUGAUAAGGGCAGUUGGUUACCAUAUAUGACUCAAAAUUCUAUUCACAUUCUUUUAGCACUUUGCCAGUCAAAUGGCUACCCUUGAACUGAGAAUCUCUUUACAAUGGCCAAUUAACAUCAUCAACUCUGUUGUUAAAUACCUACUGCAGCCGUAGCAGUGGGUAUUCAUAACCGUUUCUCAAGUCUUUCUUAACAAGCUGUUUGCUUUACAGUCAAACGAUAAGUUUAUAGCUUCUAACUGGAUGAUAACAUGUUUUGCAAACUUUCUUUCAAAGCGGUAAACACCCCAGGUGUACGCUUUCUAUUUUAAAAUUUCCAUUUUUGGUUUCUGUACAGGACUUGUGUACUCCAUCAUCACCACCACCAUCAUCAUCAUCAUCUGAUGCUGAACAAGGUCAUUCAGAACGUUUAAUAUUGAAAGUUACUCUCCUGGCGAACGAAUGGGGGUCGUCUAGGGGGGGUUUGUCAACAAUAAACAGAACUCUUGCCAUACAUUUGGCAAAAGACCCACACGUAGAAGUGACCAUUCUUGUACCUGAAUUUGAGUGUGGAGAAAAAGACAAGAGAGAGGCCAAAAGUUACAACAUCUCCAUUAUAGAAGCAGGGCAUCUUCCUGGCUUUAGUGAUCCUCUUGAUUGGUUGAUCGUUCCACCUGAGGACCUUGACAUUCAGGUUGUGAUCGGCCAUGGAGCAAAGCUUGGCAAACAAGUGCAAAUUAUCAGAAAAUCUCAUCAAUGCAAUUGGGUGCAGGUUGUUCACACUGAGCCUGAAGAGCUGGCGAUGCAUAAGAACUAUCCAAGUGCCAUUGCCAAGGGAGAAGAGAAGAACACAGCUGAAGUUGAACUGUGUCAAAAUGCAGACCUCGUUGUAGCCGUUGGACCUAAGUUAAAAGAAGCGUUCUCGUGCAAGUUGCGUUUAUAUCAUCAAGAUAUCUUUCAACUAAUACCAGGUUCCUUUUCAGAGUUUUCAGAUAUUAAACAUGCUGCACAUGAUGGUGUAAAUUUCAGAGUAUUGAGCUUCGGUCGCGGUGAUUUGGAAGACUUUCGUCUUAAAGGAUACGACAUUAACGCUAAAUCCAUAGUUGAACUGAAGGACAGUUCCUAUAUUCUGAUUUUCGUUGGUGCAUCCAAGGGAAGGCAGGAUGAAGUCGCAGAAAUCUUACUCCAGACUGGCAUUUCAAAGAACCAGUUGAUUGUGAAAUCAUUUGUGAAAGACAAACAAAAAUUGAGAGAAUUGUUUUGUGCUGUCGAUGUGGCCAUCAUGCCAUCAAGAACUGAGGGGUUUGGUUUGACAGCAUUGGAGGCCAUGUCAGCUGGUCUUCCCAUUCUGGUUAGUGGAAACUCCGGAUUUGGAAAAACACUGCGUAAACUUCCAAUGGGUGAGUCAUUUGUGAUCGACUCUGAUGACCCUAAAGAAUGGGCAAAAGCAAUUGCAGCCAUCCGUCAAAAAUCAAGGACACAGCGGCUUGAGGAAAUCCAAAGACUGCGAAGAAGUUAUGAUGAAAGAUUCAGUUGGGAGAGACAGUGCCAAGCCCUUGUUGACAGGAUGUGGAAGAUGGUCUAUGGUAAGAAAUCAAAUUGUAUAUGUCCAUUGCUUCUGCAAUAGCAAGUGCAUAAAUAUAUUUUUACUAUAUUAUGUAUCGUGGUCCAUGUGCAUCGCUGAAGAAAUAUUAAUAUUGCCGUUGACCUCUUUAACCUUAAUGGUGGCAUUCACAUUCUGCACACCGUUCUCCGUACACUUCUUGUGUUACUGAUCAAUUUCAUUUUUAAGACUUUUAUUUAUAAUCUUAUAACAUGUUGGCUACACUUAAAGGAGUUAGCGAUACAUGAAAAUUAAAAUCCAUAACAUUGCGAUACACCAAAGUCAUUUGAUUUCUAUUCAUAUGCAGUAGCAAUGGUGCUGUUCUCUUGUAUAUAAAAAGAACGUAGCAAAAAAAGACUAGCUAAACUUUCCGCUUAUAAUUUGUCACAAAAAAUGAAAGGGGGGCUUCUGAGGUUGAAAUCGUUUUUUUUUUUGAGAGUGACAUUUUUUUUCUGUAAAUCAUCGCUUUUUUACCUUUACAGGUCUUGGAAAACCCAAAGACGAUGACGUUCCACAGAACGACUGUGAAAAGGACACUUCAACAGAACCGAUAGCAGGUAAUGUUAUUGUUUGCUUUCUCAGUUGAACCAAAGACAAAAUUUAUUUUCGCAGCGGAGUGAGGUUAUUUUCUUCCGUUGAACCAGGGUACUUUCAAUUAUUGGGGUGCAUCUCAAGUAAACUGACGUAAACUAACUGUUUCCCUCUCCUGCUUACAGGCCAAACCAUUUAAAUUCACUGCAAAUUUUAAACUUUACAGGUGUUGAGAAAAACCAAGAAGAUGACGUUCCACAGAAUGACUGUGAAAAGGAUGCUGCAACAGGACCGAUGGCAGGUAAUGUCUUUGUUUGCUUCGUCAAUCAAACCAAGGCCAAAAUAUAUUUUUGCAGUAGAGUGAGGUUAUUUAGUUCUUUGGAGACCACAGUAAUUUUUAAUUAAAUUGUCUGCUGUUUUGAGCUUCAUACCAGUGCACCACCUCGUAUUAAACUGGCAUGAAAUAACCUCUAUCUUAUGUUAAGUUUUUUUUCAUCUUCCGUUUACAGGCGAACCCUUUUUUAUUGUACUUCAACAAAUCAUACGGGAAGCACGCAUAGAGUCCAGCAAAACUAAGCUGUCGCAGGCUUUGAAGAGGGCUGCGUUGGAAAAAGGUUUUGCAAUUUCUGACAAUCAAGGAGGGGGAAACUGCAUGUUUUUUGCACUUUCAGAACAGCUUGACCUUAUCAAAGGAAUAAAAAUCUCCCAUGAUGAGUUACGCCGAACUAUUGUUCAACACCUUCGGGAAAACCCUAAGCUGGUAAGUGCCUUUUUCUGUUUUAUUAUUUUUAGAGUGGACAUUUUUGCAGUAUAUGCGCGUGGCCCGUCACUAAGCAAUUUAAUAGUUAACAUCCCUUUCCCCCUCUCUCUUACACGUGUAACGGACACCUCCCUAAAACCUCCUAAACCUACUCCACCUCCCUAAAAGUGUUUGUCUCUGCCGUUCUUAACUGUUUUUUUUUUUACAUUUUUAAGGAGAAUAGUAUAGGGUACACAGGUUAGGCCGCUUUUUUGUAGUGUAAUCUCAUUAAAAUGAAGUGGAAUAAAUAAUUUUCUCUCUGUCUCGUGAAUAAAAUGCGGUUGAAUCUCAUUAAGAUAACGCCACGAGCUAUUUUUACGUAGUAUUUAGUACAUCCAAUUAUAUAACUUGUUGGGAUUAUGCCCUUAUAUUGACAUAGAUUAGUCCAAAUUGUGUGUGUCAUGUCUUUAUUUGGUCAUGAAGACACCUGUGACUUAAAAUCACUGAACCACGAUGCCCUCAUUGUCCAUUGCAGACAUCUCAGGUUUUCUUCACACUAUACGGUAUAGCUUUU